GGCACACCCUUCAUUGUCUUGCAUUUGACCUCAUGAUUUACAGCAACAUAAUGCCCAUAAACUCGACUGAAAGUGGCUUUGUAAUAAAACAAUGGGCCCCUCUUUAUGAAUAUCAAUAAGAAAAAGAGACAGAAAGAAAAUGCUCGCAGCUCUUGCUCAGUCCAAGUACACCUCAGCUCUCAGAGUCCCAUGGCACCAUUACCCCUGUGCACAUUAUAGUCUACAGUAUCGGAGACUUCAUGGCACGGUCUCUUGCGCACAUAGCGCCAUGCGGACCGCGCUCUUUUUUCCUGGCCAUGGGGUGCAACGUGUGGGAAUGGCCAAACCCUGGGUUGACGGUUUCCCCACUCUUGCCAACCGCUUUUUGGAUGAGAUGGAUAGCAUUUUGGGAUUUCGGCUCUCUCGGAUUAUCUCCGAGGGUCCAAAUUCAGAACUUAACAAGACCGAGAAUACCCAGCCUGCUAUAAUGGCAACAUCGAUACUAAUACUUCGUAUACUCGAAGAGCAUUAUGGAUUCGAUACGAGAUCCCGUGUGAACGUUACACUUGGGCACAGUCUAGGGGAAUUUUCUGCGUUGGUUGCUGGCGGUUACCUUGAUUUCAGUGACGCAUUGCGCCUUGUUCGACGUCGCGCAGUGAUAAUGGCACAGUGUACGCAGCGUGUCUCCGAAGCAUACGGCGGAGAUUAUGGCAUGGUAGCACUUGUAUGUGAGCCAGAUCAUAUGGAUGGAUUGCUUGCAGCCACCCGGGAGUUCCUCAACUUGGCACCCUCCGCUUGGACGGAUGAUUCAACUUCCGGGUCACCCUCUAUCCAACAGGUCAUGCUUGCAAAUAUCAACUCCAGGAAUCAGAUUGUACUCAGUGGGAGCAUUGAAAAGAUAAGGACACUCUUAAUACAGCUUCGUCAAUUUGGAGGUCAUGAUCCGCGUGCCGUGCGACUGAAGAGCGAAAGUCCAUUCCACAAUCCUAUAAUGGCCCCCGCGGCAUGUUAUAUGAGACAUGCAUUGGAGCAAAUAGACCUUAAUUUUCCUGCGCAUUUCCCUUGCAUAUCGAAUGUUUCCGGCUUACCCUUUAGCUCUAGGAGCGAGCUCAAAAGGCUUUUGUCGGAGCAAUGUGUUGAAACAGUGAGAUGGUGGGACAGUGUUCGAUAUCUAGAUAUUGAACAAGGAGUCAAGCGGUGGAUUGGCAUAGGACCUGGGAAGGUUGGCAGAAAUCUAGUUGGAAAGGAAGUAGGGAAAGUUAUGGCAAAAGGCGGCGGUGUUUGGGCUGUUUGCGACCCUCGUGAGCUCGAGGCUAUAUUAUAUUCUUUGGAACAGACAGAACACGAUUAUUGAGGACUGU